CCAUCAUCACUUUACUGCCAUCGUCACUUUACUGCCAUCGUCACUUUACUGCCAUCGUCACUUUACUGCCAUCGUCACUUUACUGCCACCCAACUAUCUGACCAAAUGAAUCAUCUAAUCGAAGAGCAAGACAGACAUCAUGCUUCCUCCUCUACAUUCCCUCACUUCGACAAUGGGGACGUACUUUUCUACAUCCCUCCAAGUCAAAUCUGGAAUUUGCAUGCCGAUGUUUUGCGGCGCUGCUCGCCCGGCUACAUGGGUAGUCUCUUAGCCCCUCACCAUGCUGCACAGUUGAUUAAAGCUGCGGAAAAAGCUGGAACCAAGACACGUUAUAGGCUCGAGUUGGUGCCAUCUCACGGGAAUCCGAAUGGAGUCUUUAUUAGAAAGGUAAGGGGACUCGUCUCGGUAUUCCAUAUAAAUAUCGAAGCUCUACUUUCAAUCUGAAGACUGUUAGUAUUCUCUUCAAAGCUAAUGGGGUUUAUUCUCUGAGAUAGAAC